GAAGAAAAAGAAAAACACAAUCGCGGAAAUAUUCUUGAAUUUUUGACUUGGGACUCAUGGAGAGCCACCUCCAACACAAAAUACAGAAAUACGAGGAAUUCGUGGAUGGACGCCUCAAACCAGACCUUGUUCGCGCCAUUGCUCAACGGGACAAGGUGUUCGAGCAACAAAAAGUUUUCUCGGAUUUGCGGAACAACAUUGAGAAUUUGGAGAAAAAUAGUGUAACCAGUCUUAGGACUUUGGUUAACCUUGGCUCUGAAGUCUAUAUGCAAGCUGAUGUGCCGGAUACACGACGCAUAUUUGUAGACAUUGGACUAGGAUUUCAUGUGGAGUUCACCUGGUCGGAAGCUUUAAAUUACAUAUCUCAAAGAGAAGAAAAGAUAGCCAGGCAAAUUGAAGAGUAUACUAACCUUAUUGCAUCAAUCAAAGCCCAGAUAAAGCUGGUAUGCGAAGGGAUUCGAGAAUUACUCCAGCUUCCAGCAGAGAAACGUGCCCCGGAGCGAAUUUUUUGACAUCAACAACUUAUACUUCUAUGUCGUAUGACUUGCAAGUAAAUCAAAGACUGCUAGAAAUGCUUGACCAUCAACUAAUGUAAACAAGAUGAUGCUUAAGCUACCUUAUUAAACCAUGUCAUGUUUCAAUGAGGAGAGCAUUUUCCUUGGGUUGUU